AUGGCGAUCCUACUCCCUCUCGUGGCAGCCCUAAUAAUAGUGUCCACUUACGGCUCUGUUCCAUCUCUGGGCUGUGAUCUGUCUCAGAACCACAUCUUGGCCAGUAAUGAGACCAUUGAGCUUUUGGGACAAAUGAAGAGACUCUCCUCUUUCUUCUGUCUCAAGGACAGACAGAACUUUAGCUUGCCCCGGGAGAUGGCGGACGGCAGCCACCUCCAGAAGAACCAGGCCGGCAGCGUCCUCCACCAGACCCUCCAGCAGAUCUUCCAGCUCUUCCACACACAGGCUGCCUCUGCUGCUUGGAACACGACCCUCCUGGAGCAGCUCCGAAGUGGACUCCACCUGCAGCUGGAACACCUCGAGACCUGCUUUGUGCAGGAAAUGGGAAAGGAGGAAUCGGACCUGGCAACUGAUGGCCCUACACUGGCUGUGAAAAGGUACUUCUAUGGAAUACGUCGCUAUCUGAAAGGGAAGGAAUAUAGUGACUGUGCCUGGGAGGUCGUCAGAGUGGAAAUCAGGAAAGCUUUCCUACUUUCAUCAACAAACUUGCAAGAAAGAUUAAGAAGAAAGGAUGAAGACCUGCUCUCACCUUGA